CAUCCAUGAGCUGGGAGAUUCUAACUAAAACUUGCUGUGUGGGGAUUGGUUGUAGUCACUGAUAUCCCUCUUUGUUCAGAGAUAUACUUUGCAGUUUGCGCUUACGGUGUGAAGUGGAAAGUAGUGGUGGUUGGGUGUGUCGAAUACACCGCGCAAAUUUGAAGGGUGCUUCGAAAAUCCACUUGAAACUCUAGGAAAACAUGCCUGUCGUGUGGCCAGCCGUAGGAGCGUGCGUUCUUCCUAAUGUUGGAGGAUGGUUUGGCGCAUUUUUUGUUGCCCGAAACAUCGAUACGUGGUAUGCGAAAUUGAAGAAACCUGUGUGGUGUCCACCAAAUAGAGUUUUUGGACCAGUAUGGACAGGUCUUUACUCUAGCAUGGGAUAUGCUUCAUACCUAGUGUGGAGAGAUGGUGGUGGUUUUGAAGGUGAUGCAAGGCUUCCCUUGGCUCUGUAUGGAAGUCAACUGGUUUUAAACUGGGCAUGGACACCAAUUUUCUUUGGGUCACAUAACAUUGGCCUCAGUCUACUAGAGAUUGGUGUGCUGUGGGGAAAUGCUGCUGCUUGUGGCUAUUAUUUCUUCAAAAUUAACCCGAUUGCUGGAUACAUUUUCAUUCCAUACAUGGCAUGGCUCACACUUGCUACAGCUCUGACUUACAGUGUUUGGAGAGAGAAUUCCAAGGAAAAGGAAGCCAAAGACUAAAUGUUUCCUAUUGUAAUCACAGACAUGGCUUGCAAGCAAGACUGCAUCAGCAUGUAAUAUAAAUUUGUGAUUGCUCUCAUUUUCACUGUCAGAGUUCAUGUUAUUUGUACUGUGAAAUAUUUAGAAUAGUUGUAAUUUUAGAAACACCUGUGCAAUGUAAUGUUGUUGUGCCUUUAUAUAUGAAUUGUUGUAUUGUUGUGGUUACUACAGAAUAUCUAAAAAUUCAAAAUAUAUUUUGUAAACAAUU